AUGAUGCUCCGUCCAAUUUUUCUACUUUUCGCUGUGAUUUUCUUGAAAUGUGCCUCUGCUGGUACCCCGGUUUGCACAAACGUCUUCACAAUGGUCAAUAACAAGUGCUGGAGAUAUUUUGGGUCUCCUAGAACUCAUAAGCUGCGGAGAGGACUUGACAACCGUGGUGUCCAAACAUUCGUUGGAAACAACUCUAACGAUUCCAUCUGGAUGGGUCUCUACUGUUUUGCCAAUGACCUAACUAAGUGUCUUUGGGACAAUGCCAGCGGAUCGGCCGAGAUGUAUAACAGCUUCAUGAGUGCAAACGAAAAUCGAUACUUGAGCUCCCUUUUCUUCCAAUCCGCCGACUCUGGAGAUCUUCUGAUCGGCGCGACUCGAACCGCAAAAUACACUUUUUCCUGGUUCGACGGCUCUUUCUGGUCCUUUGACAAUUUCGCCACCACUGUUUCUAUCGAUAAUAACUGUGUAGCUAUGGGCUUCGGAACGUCUAACAAAGUAGCUCCAGGCUCAUGGCAUACUGUAAGCUGCUCAGAUUCCUUUGAAUACAUGUGUAAACGACCAGCCGAUACCAAUUGUCCACCUAAUCAACCAUUGGUUACUGUAACUCCAAUCCCAUCAAACCCAUCCACCUGUAACGCUAGAAUUCUCAUAGCUCAGGAAGUAAUAUCCUCCCAUAAUUACCCCUAUUCCUACGAUAGUAAUACGAACUGCACGUAUCAAUUAGCAACUUUUGGAUCUUAUAAUAUUAUUUAA